CUGCUCACAGUCAACGCUGUUGUGGGCGUUUUGGGAUCACUUGGAAACUUGCUUGUAUGUUUGGCCAUUGCUACAAAUUCCCGCCUACGCCGAUCUUCUAACUACCUUCUGUUCAGCUUAGCAAUUGCUGAUCUAAUCGUCACUUUGAUAUGCGAGCCAAUCAUUCUGGAGUUCAUCAGCCAGUUAACAUUCUUCCACAAGUGCAGAACGAGCGCGGAAGAACUUGUGUACCACGUUUUAGUCAGCGUUUCAUGCCAGACUUCAUUCUUCCAUUUGGUUUCAAUCAGUAUUGAUCGUUUCGUUGCCGUUGCAUUUCCACUGCGUCACAAAAUCUUUAUGGAAAAAGGCGGACUUAAA